CGUCACUUCCGACGUGUUUACAGAACUUGAGCGCUGCUGCGCGAGUAGCAGCCUAGCUGGAGGAAAUCAGUCUCUAAAGAAAGUGGAGAAAGUGUUUCUGUUUUUCCGCGCUAACAGAUUAAAACAGAGGUUAUGCGUUGUUUUGGGAGAUUUUCAGCAACAACCUGACAAGAAUGAGUUUGUUGGAAAUCAGUGAGAACGUGAAGCUGGCCAGAGAGUACGCCUUGCUGGGGAACUACAGCUCAGCCGUGGUCUGCUAUCAGGGGGUGCUGGAGCAAAUCAGGAAGUACCUGCUCUCUGUGCGAGACUCGUCUGUGCAGCAAAAAUGGCAGCAGGUUUGGCAGGAGAUAAACGAGGAGAACAAGCACGUGAGGGACAUCAUGACCACGCUGGAGAGCUUCCAGCUGGACAACGCCCCUUCCAAGCCCAGCGGUUUCAGCCAAGAGAGCGACAUCAUGCCUGUUCAGGUCGAACAUAGAUCGUCUCCGUGUGCAGUACGCAAGGCCCCGGUGCCGUAUAAAGACGGUAAAGCUCACGGCAGCAGAUUGAGCGCUGGGCCGCGCUCCCAACACCGACAAUCGCCACGCGUCGCUAACGGCGACCGAGGAAAACCGCCGAAGGGCAAAGAGAAGAAAGAAAACACACCGAAGCAGAAAGACGACAAGAACAAACCUGAGGCCUCUGAGCCGGAGGUGAAGAAGUUCGACAGAGGAGGAGAAGACAAAGACCUGAUUGAGACGUUGGAGCGAGAUAUCAUCUCACAGAACCCCAACGUGAAGUGGGAUGACAUUGCUGAUCUGGAGGAAGCGAAGAAGCUCCUGAAGGAGGCGGUGGUUCUGCCCAUGUGGAUGCCCGAGUUCUUUAAGGGAAUCAGGCGACCGUGGAAGGGCGUGCUGAUGGUCGGCCCCCCAGGUACGGGCAAAACUCUGCUUGCGAAAGCUGUAGCGACAGAAUGCCGGACCACCUUCUUCAACGUCUCCUCCUCUACACUCACCUCCAAAUACAGAGGGGAGUCGGAGAAACUGGUGCGCCUGCUGUUCGAAAUGGCAAGGUUCUACGCUCCCACAACCAUCUUCAUCGACGAGAUCGACUCCAUGUGCAGCCGCAGGGGAACUUCAGAAGAGCAUGAAGCAAGCAGACGAGUCAAAGCAGAACUUCUGGUGCAAAUGGAUGGUGUUGGAGGACCGUCUGACAAUGACCCUUCUAAAAUGGUGAUGGUCCUGGCAGCCACUAAUUUCCCCUGGGACAUCGAUGAAGCUCUGAGACGCCGACUAGAGAAAAGGAUCUACAUACCUCUGCCCACAGCUAAGGGCCGGGCCGAUCUGCUGAAGAUAAACCUGAAGGAGUUGGAGCUGGCUAAUGAUGUGGAGCUGGAUAAGAUCGCAGAGCAGAUGGAGGGAUAUUCAGGUGCUGACAUCACCAACGUCUGCAGAGAUGCUUCUCUGAUGGCUAUGAGGCGACGAAUCGAAGGUUUGACCCCGGAGGAGAUCCGUAACAUUUCCCGAGACGAGAUGCACAUGCCCACAACCAUGGAGGAUUUCCAGACGGCUCUGAAGAAAGUGUCUAAAUCCGUCUCUGCCGCUGACCUGGAGAAAUACGAGAAGUGGAUCGCAGAGUUCGGCUCCUGUUGACCCGUUCUAAUGCCAUCACCUGGGGUACAAUUCAGAACGUCCUUAAAGGGGCAGUUUGUAACUUUUAGAGCCUAGAACUUUUCUGCUCCCUCUGAGGGGAACUGCAAUGAAAAUGCCAAGCCUUACCAUUAGACUGAAUUGGGCAGAUCUGUUCUAGAUGGGGGUGGAGUUAAUUUCUGGGCCAGAAAAAAUAUAAACAGGAGAAACUAGAAGAAAUUGCAAUAUUGUAAAUUUUUCCAAUGUAUAUACUGUGUAUUACAGGUCUCUCUAAAAAAAAUUACAAACUGCACCUUUACAUUAUUUCAGCACUUUGAAAUACAAAUGGCUGAUCUCCACCUGUGGUGGAAAAACAGUCAGGUCACUCAGUAAGGGUUCUUUAUUAGUGAUCUGAGAGGAUCCUGUGGCAGGACAGGAUCCGUUACGUUCUGUUGAAUCAAUAUUAAAAAAAAAAAAAAAAAAGUUGAUUUUAGCACUUAGUGUCCCAGGAAGGUGCUUCCGAAAGACAACGUAAAACGCCACCAAUGAGCACGUAGUCAGUCUGUGAUUUAUUGUAAUUGUCUUCACAUACCAAAUAGUUUUAUAAUGCACAAGAACAUCUCUUUUUAUUUUUUGAAAUUACACUGACAGUCAUUUGUGGUGCUGCCUCGAUUCGUUCGAGGUGAACUUCAAUUACACUACUUCCAAUCAGGGGCCUUUUUUCCAGUAAACAAGUGACCCAGUCUAUUUUUUUUUAUAAGACUGAUCUCAUUCCAAAAUACUUGUACAUCUAUCUUUUUUUAUUUAGCUGACAAAGUGGUAAUGUUGUUGUUUAUGAAGAUAAUAAUAAAGUUCUAUGAAAAACA